AUGGAUCCAAGAUUGAUCGUAGCCACUCAAAUCGGAAGCAUCGAUGAAUUGUAUGAUGUAAUCCAUGAGAAUCCAUAUAUUCUUGAAAUCAUUGAUGCAGUACCUUUCAUCAACACGCCUCUUCAUGUAGCUUCUGCUUCCGGGAACCUUGCUUUUGCCAUGGAGAUGAUGAAUCUCAAGCCUUCUUUUGCUAGAAAACUUAACACAUACGGGUUAAGUCCAUUGCAUCUUGCUAUAGAGGAAGGUCAAACACGGUUUGUUCUAAGCUUACUCAAGAUUGAUCCUGACCUUGUUCGCCUUCGAGGAAGAGAAGGUACGACGCCGUUUCAUCAAGUAGUGAGAAGAGGAGAGACAGAUCUUAUGACAGAGUUCCUCUUAGCUUGUCCUGGUUGCAUUAGAGAUGCAAACGUGAACGGUGAAACCGCUCUACACAUGGCGGUUUUAAACGAUAGAUAUGAAGAGCUCGAGAUACUCUUAGGAUGGGUUCAAAGACUGCGUCAAAGAGAAGCCGAAUCACUUGAGAUGCAAUUCUUAAACAAACGUGACCAAGACGGGAACACUGCCUUGCACGUAGCAGCAUAUCAGAACAGGUUCAAAGCAGUAAAGUUGUUGGUAAAAUGUUCUGCGGUUAACCGGAACAUAACUAACCGGAUCGGUUUAACCGCCCUAGAUAUCUUACAUAACCAGAGAGAACAUCACAGGAACAGAAACAUCGAAAACACCAUUCGGAAAUCAGGAGGUAAGAGCGGAGAUUCUCUACCAAAAUCCAAGAAAGUGUCGGAAAUCUUGAGAUCGAAGAUUAGAUUCACAGAGCAUCUGUUCACGCAGACAGAACGGUAUAGGAACCAGACAUCAGAAGGAACACGAGCUGCGCUUCUAGUGAUAGCCGCACUGAUAAUCGCAACUACUUAUCAAACAGCUCUGCAGCCACCAGGUGGCGUAUACCAAGAAAACGCAUCAGAUGAAAGCAAGAAGAGUGUUGGAACUGUGGUGAUGAGUCAUAAGUAUUUCUUUGUGCUUAGGAGUGUCAAUAGUAUGGCCUUCGUUGGAGCGAUUUUCAUGGCGUUUUGUUUGUUACCAGCUGGUGAAGGCUAUGUAUGGUCGUUUCUAUGGAUAGCAGUGCCUCUGUAUGUUUCUUACUUGGUCUCCAUGUCGGUUAUAUCUCCAGAUACAGUGUGGUACUUCUCCAUUAGUUCGGGUUCGGUUUUGAUCGUUGUGGCUACGUACAUGGUCGUGUUUUUCUUGCGGUGGAAGCGGUCUAAGAAGAAGAUACCUGGAACCAGUAGUGAGAUGAUUCUUGAAGGCUUCAUAACUCUUGAUCUAGCUAAAGGAGUGGAGUGUAUGUGA